AUGGCUUUCCGAAGAAAUCCGCCGCCACCUCCACCACCUGAUCCAUUUGCACCACCGCCUCCACCUCCACACCGUGGCCAUCCGCCUCCACCACCACCGCGGCCUGAAUUCUAUCCUCCACCUCCACCGCCACCUUAUUAUCCACCUGGUCCUCCACCCCCACCUUACGCGCCAGGCCCUCCACCGCCUGGUCCUCCUCCACCACCCUACUCAGACCCCUACAGGCCACCACCCCCUUGGGGUCCUCCUCCUCCUCCUCCACCCUACUGA